UGAAUAAACACCAUUAAUCAAAUAAUCACCAAACUUCAUUUCCACCAACCCUUUUCAACAAGUAUACCAAAAAUCACAUUUUUACACUCAAUCACCAUCUCCAACCUCAAAAAAAAAGAAAGAAACCAGAACAAGAAGCUUAUCUUCAACAACUCAUCAAUGGAGAUCGAACCAAUCACUACCCAGAAAACUCCAGAAUCCUCUGAAACCACAGACCCCAAAAAUCCUCCAUUAUUAACAGCUUCAAUCUCACUUUCUCUCUCCUCAAUCCUCCCUACCCAUUUCUUCACCCCUUCCAAAACCACCCAACUUUUCUCCCCCAAAAACGUUAAAAUUCCACCCCAAAUCACCUCCGCUCUUUCCACUCUUUCUCUCUCCUCCUCCACUCUAUCUCAACCAAAACUCUUCUCCAAAAAGUCAUCUUCCUCCGCUUCCCCUCUUCAAAACCCUCUUUCUCUUAACCCUCGUCUUCCUUCAGACCCCUCUAAUGGUGCUGCUGCUCGGAGAGCUACAAUUGUUUGGUUCAGAAAUGACCUUAGGGUUCAUGAUAAUGAGUGUCUUACCACUGCUAACAAUGAGUCAAUGUCUGUUUUGCCGGUUUAUUGUUUUGACCCAAGGGAUUAUGGGAAAUCGUCAUCUGGGUUUGAUAAAACCGGUCCGUUUCGCGCUUCUUUCGUGGUGGAAUCGGUUACUGAUCUUAGGAAGAGUCUUAGGGCAAGAGGGUCUGAUUUGGUUGUGAGGGUUGGGAAGCCUGAGACUGUUCUUGUUGAGAUGGCGAAGGCGGUUGGGGCGGACGCGUUGUAUGUGCACAGGGAGGUGUCCAAGGGGGAGGCGAAAGCCGAGGGGAAGAUUGAGGCAGCAAUGAAGGAGGAAGGGAUUGAAGUGAAGUAUUUUUGGGGUAGUACAUUGUAUCAUUUGGAGGAUUUGCCCUUUGAAUUGAAAGGUAUGCCUACUAAUUAUGGCGGGUUUAGGGAGAAAGUGCAAGGGCUGAAAGUUAGGGAUACUGUGGCUGCUUUGGAUCAGUUGAAAGGCUUGCCUUCAAGAGGGGAUGUAGAGGCUGGAGAGAUUCCUUCUCUUGUUGAAUUGGGUCUUAACCCAAAUGCCACAUUGUCCCAGGAUGGAAAACCAUCUGUCAAUGGUUCCCUGGUGGGAGGAGAGACUGAAGCAAUGCAAAGGCUCCAAAAAUUCGCAGCUGAAUGCAAGGUUCAGCCACCCAAGUCGAAGGACACUAACAGUAUAUAUGGUGCCAACUUCUCUUGCAAAAUUUCUCCAUGGCUAGCCAUGGGAUGCCUUUCUCCUCGACAUAUGUUUGAUGAACUGAAGAAAACUGCUUCCAGAACAAUUUCCGCUUCAAACCGGAAAGACGGUGAUGAUGGAAUGAACUGGUUGAUGUUUGAACUGCUGUGGAGGGAUUUUUUCAGAUUUAUCACAGCAAAAUACAGUUUGGCUACGAAACUUGUCGAUGCUACCCCAGCAACUGCUUGCACAGGUGCACUUGCUUGAAGCAAGAACUCAAACUAUAUUGUGAUAAACUUGUGAGAGUUUUGGGUUGCUGACAACAACAAAGAGCUCCUGUUAAACAAACAGUCGUGAAUGCGGGAGUUUCCAUUUUUCUGGGGUCAGCUUGUUUAUGCCCUUUUUUCCAAGGAUCUCUGCAUAUUUUGUUAACCACCUAUCCCUUGUAUUGUCUGUCCAUCUUUUUGAACUAUUGACUGGUCUAUCAAUAAUCAAAUUCUGGCUUUAGGUUAUGGUAUCUCAAUACAUAUCCUCAAUUACUAGAACAA